GAUACAGACAGUGCAAAGAAAAUGGCUGCGUUCUUACAGUGGAGACGAUUUGUAUUUUUUGAUAAAGAGACCGUGAAGGACGCUGGAGAUAAUGGGAAAAACUUCGUCCUCCCCGUUGGCAUAUCGGCAUGUGACUCGGGCCGGGGUCACAUCGUUCUUGGAGAUAUCCUUUCGGUGGUUUCCAUGAUGUAAACAUAGCUUAGUUAAUUUAGCUUGUCAAUGCCAGCUAACAAACUUGCUACCCAGACAUCCCUCUCAAGCAGUCUUGCCAUUUUAAGCAAGCGAACUAAUAACGUUAAUGACAUUGAGAUUAUAUGCCCAAAUUAUGCUCCUUGGCUAACUACAAAAAAUGAAAUUAUUAUUAAUGAUUAUGUCCAGCUAAAUGGCAACAUCUGAGUUGGCUAGUUUGCUAGCUAACUGAUUGACGUUAGUAAGCAGCCAGGACAUGAGCCUUUAGUUAGCUAAACUAGCCUUGGUGCCAGUCCGAGAAAUUAGUUUGAGAGGAGUGAAUCAACAACUUCAGACUGGCUCCCAGGCUUUCAAUGAUGCAAUCAACUGAAUCAAUGUCCCUGUUCAAAUAGGGUCUUGAAAAUGUCCUCCUUCCUUGAAGUAAUGAUUAAUCUGAUGUGACAACUGAUGUAAUGCUGUGGAAAGCUUGCUUACACCAGUCCAUACUAGUCUUACGACUAAGAAGUGUACAUAUUUACAUUGCUUGUAUUCAUUACUCUUCUUAUUCAUAUGGCUAAUUAUAUACACUACCAGUCAAAAGUUUGGACACCUACUCAUUCAAGGGUUUUUCUUAAUUUUUUACAUUGUAGAAUAAUAAUGAAGACAUCAAAACUAUGAAAUAACACAUGGAAUCAUAUAGUAACCAAAAAAGUGUUAAACAAAUCAGAAUAUAUGUUAAAUGAGGUUCUUCAAAUAGCCACCCUUUGCCUUGAUGACAGCUUUGCACACUCUUGGUAUUCUCUCAACCAGCUUCAUGAGGUAGUCACCUGGAAUGCAUUUCAAUUAACAGGUGUGCCUUCUUAAAAUUGAAUUUGUGGAAUUUCUUUCCUUCCUAAUGCGUUUGAGCCAAUUAGUUGUGUUCUGACAAGGGGGGGUAUACAGAGGAUAGCCCUAUUUGGUAAAAGACCAAGUCCAUAUUAUGGCAAGAACAGCUCAAAUAAGCAAAGAUAAAUGACAGUCCAUCAUUACUUUAAGAAUGAAGGUCAGUCAAUACGGAACAUUUAUUUGAAAGUUUAUUCAAGUGCAGUCGCAUAAACCAUCAAGCGCUAUGAUGAAACUGGCUCUCCUGAGGACCGCCACAGGAAUGGAAGACCCAGAGUUACCUCUGCUGCAGAGGAUAAGUUCAUUAGAGUUACCAGCCUCAGAAAUUGCAUCCCAAAUAAAUGCUUCACAGAGUUCAAGUAACAGACACAUCUCAACAUCAACUGUUCAGAGGAGACUGUGUGAAUCAGGCCUUCAUGGUUGAAUUGCUGCAAAGAAACCACUACUAAAGGACACCAAUAAUAAGAAGAGACUUGCUUGGGCCAAGAAACACGAGCAAUGGACAUUAGACUGGUGGAAAUGUGUCCUUUGGUCUGGAGUCCAAAUUGGAGAUUUUUGGUUCCAACCACCAUGUCUUUGUGAGAAGCGGUGUGGAUGAACGGAUGAUCUCUGCAUGUGUAUUUCCCACCGUAAAGCAUGGAGGAGGAGGUGUUAUGGUGUGGGGGUGCUUUGCUGGUGACACUGUAUGUGAUUUAUUUAGAAUUGAAGGCACACUUAACCAGCAUGGCUACCACAGCAUUCUGCAGCGAUAUGCUAUCCCAUCUGGUUUGGGCUCCACAUGGCCUCCACAAUCCCCCGACCUCAACCCAAUUGAGAUGGUUUGGGAUGAGUCGGACUGCAGAGUGAAGGAAAAGCAGCCAACAAGUGCUCAGCAUAUGUGGGAACUCCUUCAAGACGGUUGGAAAAGCAUUCCAGGUGAAGCUGGUUGAGUGAAUGCCAAGAGUGUGCAAAGCUGUCAUCAAGGCAAAGGGUGGCUAUUUAAAGAAUCGCAAAUAUAAAAUAUAUUUUGAUUUGUUUAACACUUUAUUGGUUACUAUGUGAUUCCAUAUGUGUUAUUUCAUAGUUUUGAUGUCUUCACUAUUAUUCUACAAUGUAGAAAAUAGUUUAAAAAAUAAAGAAAAACCCUUGAAUGAGUAGGUGUGUCAACUUUUGACUGGUCAAAAGUUUUGAGAAUGACAAGUAUUGGUCUUCACAAAGUUAGCUGCUUCAGUGUUUUUAGAUAUUUUUGUCAGAUGUUACUGUGGUAUACUGAAGUAUAAUUACAAGCAUUCCAUAAGUGUCAAAGGCUUUUAUUGACAAUUGCAUUGAGUUUAUGCAAAGAGUCCAUAUUUGCAGUGUUGACCCUUCUUUUUCAAGACCUCUGCAAUCCACCCUGGCAUGCUGUCAAUGAACUUCUGGGCCACAUCCUGACUGAUGGCAGCCCAUUCUUGCAUAAUCAAUGCUUGGAGUUUGUCAGAAUUUGUGGGUUUUUGUUUGUCCACCCGCCUCUUGAGGAUUGACCACAAGUUCUCAAUGGGAUUAAGGUCUGGGGAGUUUCCUGGCCAUGGACCCAAAAUGGCGAUGUUUUGUUCCCCGGGCCACAUAGUUAUCACUUUUGCCUUAUGGCAAGGUGCUCCAUCAUGCUGGAAAAGGCAUUGUUCGUCACCAAACUGUUCUUGGAUGGUUGGGAGAAGUUGCUCUCGGAGGAUGUGUUGGUACCAUUCUUUAUUCAUGGCUGUGUUCUUAGGCAAAAUUGUGAGUGAGCCCACUCCCUUGGCUGAGAAGCGACCCCACACAUGAAUGGUCUCAGGAUGCUUUACUGUUGGCAUGACACAGGACUGAUGGUAGCGCUCAACUUGUCUUCUCCGGACAAGCUUUUAUCCGGAUGCCCCAAACAAUAGGAAAGGGGAUUCAUCAGAGAAAAUGACUUUACCCCAGUCCUCAGCAGUCCAAUCCCUGUACCUUUUGCAGAAUAUCAGUCUGUCCCUGAUGUUUUUCCUGGAGAGAAGUGGCUUCCUCGCUGCCCUUCUUGACACCAGGACAUCCUCCAAAAGUCUUUGCCUCACUGUGCAUGCAGAUGCGCUCACACCUGCCUGCUGCCAUUCCUGAGCAAGCUCUGCACUGGUGGUGCCCCGAUCCCGCAGCUGAAUCAACUUUAGGAGACGGUCCUGGCGCUUGCUGGACUUUCUUGGGUGCCCUGAAGCCUUCUUCACAACAAUUGAACCUCUCUCCUUGAAGUUCUUGAUGAUCCGAUAAAUGGUUGAUUUAGGUGCAAUCUUACUAGCAGCAAUAUCCUUGCCUGUGAAGCCCUUUUUGUGCAAAGCAAUGAUGACGGCACGUGUUUCCUUGCAGGUAACCAUGGUUAACAGAGGAAGAACAAUGAUUUCAAGCACCAACCUCCUUUUAAAGCUUCCAGUCUGUUAUUCUAACUCAAUCAGCAUGACAGAGUGAUCUCCAGCCUUGUCCUCGUCAACACGCUCACCUGUGUUAACUAGAGAAUCACUGACAUGAUGUCAGCUGGUCCUUUUGUGGCAGGGCUGAAAUGCAGUGGAAAUGUCUUUUUGGGAUUAAGUUCAUUUUCAUGGCAAAUAGGGACUUUCCAAUUAAUUGCAAUUCAUCUGAUCACUAUUCAUAACGUUCUGGAGUAUAUGCAAAUUGCCAUCAUAAAAACUGAGGCAGCAGACUUUGUGAAAAUUAAUAUUUGUAUCAUUCUUAAAACUUUUGACCGUGACUGUACAUUUUGAGAGGAUUCGAACAAGGCCUUGCCUUUGUAAUUGUCUCCUCUAUCCCUAACCAUGCAAAUGGCCAUUUGUCUCUCCUGAUCUAAAAUUAUGCUUCCUUGAACCAGAAUAAAUUACAUAUGGACGGUCAGAUCUGGUUUUUGACACGCUCCCUGCAGUUGUCCUCCUUUCAGGCUUACAAGCUGAGAGUGACCCACCUUUACCAGCUCAAGCAGCACAGCAUUUUGGUCUCAGUUGGGCAGGACGAGCAAGGAAUUAACCCCCUGGUAAGAAAUUUAGUAGGAUGUAUUUAAUAUUGAGUAUCAAAAAACAGUAUGUUAGUUCCCUUGGUUGUUAUUUGUGAACUGUUAUUAAAAACCCAGCUGUGUUACUGUUUCCCAGGUGAAGGUAUGGAAUCCAGACAAGCGUGACAGCGGGAAUCCUCUGUGCACAAGAAUAUUCCCAGCAAUUCCUGGGAACAAGCCAACAGAGGUGUCAUGCCUCAGUGUACACGAGAACCUAAACUUUAUGGCCAUUGGUAAGUGGCAUUUCUUCAGUACUACCUAUGUCGGCUAUAGUUUAGAUUUGGUUUUGAGAUUUGUGUUUGCUCCCUGUUAUAAAUUCAUAAUCCCCAUGUCAUUGCAGGCUUCACAGAUGGCAGUGUGGUGUUGACAAAAGGUGACAUCACCCGGGACAGGCACAGUAAAACCCUGACACUGCAUGAGGGCACCUGUCCAGUCACGGGCCUCGCUUUCCGUCAGCAGAGCAAGGUCACUCACUUAUUUGUUGCCACUUUGGAAAAAGUCCACGUAAGUCAUUUGAGCUUUCCAAUGUCACUCUGAUAAGUGAAGUCCAUAGAAUCAAGUUUAAGAUCAAUUCAGGUUAUUAAUGUAAAUUACAAUUCAAUAUUUGAAAAGUGCCAUAUAUUUUCAAGGAGGAUUUGAAUUGAUAGAUUUUUAAUGGCAUUGACCCCAAGCCUGUCACCAUACUACUUUUCCCUUGGAGCAUAAGCACUAACUUGCUUCUGUUUCAUUUGGUGUUGUUUCCACCCUGUGAUUAGUGCUACACUUUGUCAGUGAAGGAGUACCCUAAACUGGAACUGGACACCCACGGCUGUGCGCUGCGUUGCUCUGCGCUCACAGACCCCUCCCAGGACUCCCAGUUCAUUGUCGCAGGGGACGAGUGUGUGUACCUUUACCAGCCUGACGAACGGGGGCCCUGUUUCGCUUUCGACGGGCACAAGCUGCUGGCCCACUGGCACCGGGGCUACCUCCUGCUGCUCACCAGGGAUACCAAGUCUCCCAACAAGUAAGAACAACUCCCUCAGAUGGUGGCACAGUAGCCCUUUCUAUUGAACGGGUCCCCUAAGGUUAGCCAAGUGUCAUUUCUUUUUUUAUUGCAACAAUGAAACACAACAAGUAAUUUUAUACUAAAUCCAUUCAUGUUGACUGUAAGUAGAAAAAAACCCAGUAGGUUGUAUUUUGGUCUAAGGCACUGCAUCGCAGCUGUGCCACUAGAGAUCCUGGUUUGAAUCCAGGCUCUGUCGUAGCCGGCCGCGACCGGGAGACCCAUGGGGCGGCGCACAAUUGGCCCAGCGUCGUCCAGGGUAGGGGAGGGAAUGGCCGGCAGGGAUGUAGCUCGGUUGGUAGAGCAUGGCGUUUGCAACGCCAGGGUUGUGGGUUCGAUUCCCACGGGGGGCCAGUAUGAUUUUUUUUUUUUUAUAUACACUGCUCAAAAAAAUAAAGGGAAUACUUAAACAACACAAUGUAACUCCAAGUCAAUCACACUUCUGUGAAAUCAAACUGUCCAUUUAGGAAGCAACACUGAUUGAAAAUACAUUUCACAUGCUGUUGUGCAAAUGGAAUAGACAACAGGUGGAAAUUAUAGGCAAUUAGCAAGACACCCCCAAUAAAGGACUGGUUUUGCAGGUGGUGACCACAGACCACUUCUCAGUUCCUAUGCUUCCUGGCUGAUGUUUUGGUCACUUUUGAAUGCUGGCGGUGCUUUCACUCUAGUGGUAGCAUGAGACGGAGUCUACAACCCACACAAGUGGCUCAGGUAGUGCAGCUCAUCCAGGAUGGCACAUCAAUGCGAGCUGUGGCAAGAAGGUUUGCUGUGUCUGUCAGCGUAGUGUCCAGAGCAUGGAGGCGCUACCAGGAGACAGGCCAGUACAUCAGGAGAUGUGGAGGAGGCCGUAGGAGGGCAACAACCCAGCAGCAGGACUGCUACCUCCACCUUUGUGCAAGGAGGAGCAGGAGGAGCACUGCCAGAGCCCUGCAAAAUGACCUCCAGCAGGCCACAAAUGUGCAUGUGUCUGCUCAAACGGUCAGAAACAGACUCCAUGAGGGUGGUAUGAGGGCCCGACGUCCACAGGUGGGGGUUGUGCUUACAGCCCAACACCAUGCAGGACGUUUGGCAUUUGCCAGAGAACACCAAGAUUGGCAAAUUCGCCACUGGCGCCCUGUGCUCUUCACAGAUGAAAGCAGGUUCACACUGAGCACGUGACAGACGUGACAGAGUCUGGAGAUGCCGUGGAGAACGUUCUGCUGCCUGCAACAUCCUCCAGCAUGACCGGUUUGGCGGUGGGUCAGUCAUGGUGUGGGGUGGCAUUUCUUUGGGGCGCCGCACAGCCCUCCAUGUGCUCGCCAGAGGUAGCCUGACUGCCAUUAGGUACUGAGAUGACAUCCUCAGACCCCUUGUGAGACCAUAUGCUGGUGGCCCUGGGUUCCUCCUAAUGCAAGACAAUGCUAGACCUCAUGUGGCUAGAGUGUGUCAGCAGUUCCUGCAAGAGGAAGGCAUUGAUGCUAUGGACUGGCCCGCCCGUUCCCCAGACCUGAAUCCAAUUGAGCACAUCUGGGACAUCAUGUCUCGCUCCAUCCACCAACGCCACGUUGCACCACAGACUGUCCAGGAGUUGGCGGAUGCUUUAGUCCAGGUCUGGGAGGAGAUCCCUCAGGAGACCAUCCGCCACCUCAUCAGGAGCAUGCCCAGGCGUUGUAGGGAGGUCAUACAGGCACAUGGAGGUCACACACACUACUGAGCCUCAUUUUGACUUGUUUUAAGGACAUUACAUCAAAGUUGGAUCAGCCUGUAGUGUGGUUUUCCACUUUAAUUUUGAGGGUGACUCCAAAUCCAGACCUCCAUGGGUUGAUACAUUUGAUUUCCAUUGAUAAUUUUUGUGUGAUUUUGUUGUCAGCACAUUCAACUAUGUAAAGAAAAAAGUAUUUAAUAAGAUUAUUUCAUUCAUUCAGAUCUAGGAUGUGUUAUUUUAGUGUUCCCUUUAUUUUUUGGAGCAGUGUAUAAUAAUAAUAAUAAUAAUAAUAAUAAUAAUAAUAAUAAUAAUAAUAAUACAAAAAAUAAUAAUAAUAAUGUAUGCACUCACUAACUGUAAGUCGCUCUGGAUAAGAGCGUCUGCUAAAUGACUAAAAUUUAAAGAUUCAACCAAACCACCCAUGCAUAUUUUUAGGUGAUAAAACUAUAUUAACUCCUAUGACAAUAUAUUGAAUACAAGUUCUGUACUCAGGUCUGAAUUUGGGAGCAGAGAGACGUCUCCUUCGGAGAAACAAAUCUUGACAAUCUACGACCUGGACAACAAGUUCAUUGCCUACAGCGUUUCCUUUGAUGACAUCAUCGACGUUCUUGCCGAAUGGGGCUCCUUCUACAUCCUAACUCGGGAUGGAAAGAUGUUUGUGCUGCAGGAGAAAGACACUCAGACCAAGCUAGAGGUAAGCCCAAAAUACGCUGACUGACAUCAUAUCGCCUUUUCCCCUCAAACGUAUUAUGUUCAACUCAGCACCGGAUUGAACUGGAAACUGGAGGACGACAGGUUUCAGAUCCAAGGUAUCGUUUACUGCCGUUGUACCCUUGAGCAAGGCACUUAACACUUCAAUCUGUCUUUAGAUGCUCUUCAAGAAGAAUCUGUUUGUGAUGGCCAUCAACCUGGCUAAGAGCCAGCACUUGGACAGUGACGGGCUGUCUGAGAUCUUCAGGCAGUACGGCGACCACCUCUACGUGAAGGGGGACCAUGACGGAGCCAUCCAACAGUACAUCCGGUACGAUCUCACCCAGAGGUUGAUGCAUCUAACUUCGACUUCAUAAUACAUAGUUACCGUAUUUUCCGCACUAUAAGGCGCACUUAAAAGCCUUUAAUUUUCUAAAAAAAUUACAGUGCGCCUUAUAAUCCGGAGCGCCUUAUAUAUGGAUCAAUUGGUUAAUUGGUUGAUCCAUACUGGUUGUACACGGCGCUCAAGGCGCUCUGUCAAAAUGUUUCAGUAUGAAAAACCAAUAAAAACAAUUGAAUAAUAAUGAAAUGUUUCAGUACGACUGGUAAACUACAAAGCCGCACCGCUUGCAGCAUUACGGCUACCGUAGUCAGUAAACACCGGUACUGUGCUUACUCACAGUCCCACACCACUUGUGUGUGUAUAAAGACCCCAAAAUGGUACCUUUCAAGAGACACGCUUACGACGCAGAGUUCAAGCUCAAGGCUGUCGGUCACGCAGUAGAAUAUGGGAAUAGAGCAGCAGCGAGAGAAUUCAACAUUAAUGAAUCAAUGGUACGGAAGUGGAGGAAGCAAGAUGAUGACCUGCACCAAGUAAAGAAGACUAAACAGAGUUUCCGAGGGAACAAAGCGAGAUGGCCACAGUUAGAGGACAAACUCGAACAGUGGGUUGUUGAACAGAGAGCAGCAAGUAGAAGCGUCUCUACAGUCACUAUUCGAAUGAAGGCAACAGCGCUAGCACGGGACGUGAUCAUCGAUGAAUUUCGAGGCCGUCCUUCUUGGUGCUUUCGUUUUAUGAAAAGACGUAAUCUCUCCAUCCGCACACAAACUACCGUCUCGCAGCAACUGCCAAAAGAUUACCAAGAAAAGCUGGUCACUUUCCGCGCAUACUGCAAAAAGAAGAUCACUGAAAAGAAGAUCCGGCCAGAGCACAUCACCAACAUGGACGAGGUUCCACUCACCUUUGAUAUUCCCGUGAACCGCACUGUGGAGAAAACGGGGACCAGUACGGUGUCUGUACGCACCACAGGGAAUGAGAAGUCAUCCUUCACUGUAGUUCUCGCCUGCCAGGUUAAUGGCCAGAAACUUCCACCCAUGGUUAUUUUCAAGAGGAAGACCUUGCCAAAAGAAAACUUUCCAGCCGGCGUCGUCAUCAAAGCUAGCCCGAAGGGAUGGAUGGAUGAGGAAAAGAUGAGUGAGUGGCUGAGAGAAAUUUACGUCAAGAGACCGGGUGGCUUUUUCCACACAGCUCCGUCCCUAUUGAUCUACGACUCAAUGCGCGCCCAUAUCACCGAUGCUGUCAAAAAACAAGUGAAGCAAACUAAUUCGGAGCUUGCCGUCAUUCCGGGUGGAUUAACUAAAGAACUCCAGCCGCUAGAUAUUGGUGUCAACAGGGCGUUCAAAGCUAGACUGCGAGCUGCGUGGGAGCAUUGGAUGACAGAAGGCGAACACACGUUCACCAAGACGGGGAGACAGCGCCGGGCGACUUACGCCACUAUCUGCCAAUGGAUCGUGGAUGCCUGGGCUGAUAUAUCAGUCUCAACUGUGGUCAAAGCUUUCACGAAGGCAGGAAUAAUCUCUGAACUGCCAGGCAACAGCAGCGACACUGACUCGGAUAAUGACGAGAGGGAGCCGGGCAGGUUGGAUGCCGUAGUCGCCCAACUGUUCAAUUCGGACACUGAAGAAUUCGAGGGAUUCGUGGACGGGGAAUGAACUGAAAAAGUUAGCUUUACGUGUUAUACGUAACUGAACAAUGUUGAGUUAUGCACUAACGUUUGAUUUAGUGGUAUCAGACUGUUUCUUUUACUACGUGUUUACUGAAUCAGGGAAAAGUUCCCCUCCACAUUUGGGAGAAGAGUGAGCAAGGCUUGGAGAUAUUGUUAAUAUGCACAUUAACGUUUGAACAACGUUACCAUGGGAGUGAACGGAGUUGUCAGAACGCUUAAUAAAGUUUGACUUUAUCUGACUGUUUUGUUGACAUUCCCUUUAGCACAGCUCCAUCUAGUGGAUGCAUAACGCAACCCCAGUCAAACGUUUGACUGCAGUAUCUUCUAUUCUAUGCGCUUUAUAAUCCGGUGCGCCCUAUAUAUGAAAACAGUUCUAAAAUAGGCCAUUCAUUGAAGGUGCGCCUUAUAAUCCGGUGCGCCUUAUAGUGCGGAAAAUACGGUAAUAAUAAUACAUAUAUAUGAUUUAUAUACUGUUUUUGUAAACCCCAAAGACUCUUAAAGUUCAUGUCAUAAAUGCUGAUUUUACAGACAAGUAAUCCUAUAGAGGUGGGAUUGUAUAACAUCAAUAAGGAAAUGUAUAAUAUAUAUUCACUUUGUAGUGUAUCUUUGGUGGCACGCAGUAAAUGUGACCAGUGGUCAAUUUCUAUUGAAACCACUUGGUUAUUGUUAUAAAGUGGCACUCCAGUCUCAUUUUCACCUAAUUUAACACCUGAUUUACUCAACAAAAGGCACAUUUCAAUAGGUGGUCCAGGUGUCAUGACAUAGCACAAAACAUAUUAUUUUUACACUUUAGUGUAUGUACUUUACUGUAUUUAUACCUGGGAUAUUGCUUUUCAACAGCAAAAGUUCAAAAAUUCCCCUCCCUCCCUCAGCACAAUCAAGAAGCUGGAGCCCUCUUAUGUAAUCCGAAAGUUUCUGGAUGCUCAGCGGAUCCACAACCUGACGGCCUACCUGCAGGCCCUGCACCGGCAGUCGCUGGCCAACGCCGACCACACCACCCUGCUGCUCAACUGCUACACCAAGCUCAAGGACAGCUCUAAGCUUGAAGAGUUCAUCAAGGUUAACAUUUAAACUGUAAACCAAGUGUUGGUCUCCAACUCUGGUCCAGGGGAGUUAACUGUGUGUGCAGGUUUUCAUUCCGGGGCUUCAGAUAAUCAUGGUCCAGACUAAAGUCUGGGAGUAGUUGAAGCAGAUGUGUUAGUGAUGGCCUGGAACAAAAGCAUACACACAUAGUAGCUCUCCAGGAUCAUAAUCAUUGCCCUGAGAAGGAUUCCAGGGAUUCAGAAUACCAUUUUGGAUUAGAAAGUGAUGAUAGAAAACAUAUUACUGUAUGGAUAUAGACAAUGAAUCCACAGAUACUGUAUGUAUGACAUCAUGCACAUAAGGUCUCAAUGCUCUGACAUUUCCUUUCCCCUUCGACCCCCUUCAGAGCAGCGAGAGCGAGGUCCACUUCGACGUGGAGAUCGCCAUCAAGGUGCUGCGGCAGGCAGGCUACCACAGUCACGCAGUCUUCCUGGCCGAGAGGCACCAGCACCACGAGUGGUACCUGAAGAUCCAGCUUGAGGACCUAAAGGUGAAAGAGAUUAGAAAGUAAUACUGGAUGUAGUAGUGUUAAGAUGAGCCGUCUGGGCUAGAUAAAUAGACACCGGGUCCCCCCUAGCUUACAUGACCUAACUGCCAGAUCUCUUAAUCUUGUCCCUGAUAAAAAUAAGAUAGAUGAGCUUCGAGUCCGUUUCAGGCUGUUGGACAAUAUUGAAAUGAGCAGCAAUGUCAUUUGAUUGUAUUUAGAUUACUGAGUCAAAAUCUACAUUAAGGAUAGUUUAAACAUUUGUCACUUUUAGAGUGAAUAAACACAUUUGACUAUUGAUGAUUAUAAUUGGACAAAGAGCUUCUCCUACCCUUGGGUAAAGUCAACCCGAUUUGAACGACCCUUUACUGAAAUUCAAACCCCUUUGUCUCUCUUUAUGUUCCAUACAGAACUACCAGGAGGCUUUGCGCUACAUUGGAAGACUUCCUUUCGAGCAGGCAGAGAGCAACAUGAAGCGCUACGGCAAGACCCUGAUGCACCACGUCCCUGAUGGCACCACACUGCUUCUCAAGGGCCUGUGUACCGACUACCAGCCCAGCCGGGAUGCCAUGGAAAGAGACAGCCUGGACAGAGGCCCGGCGGUGGCCAAGAAGGUCAGCCGUUUAGCCGUUAGCGGUUAACCUUAAAUGGCGGCCACACCUCCCGGGCAGCCGAACACAAAGUCUAGCACAUUAGUCCUAGCAACACUAGUCUAGCAGCAUUAGCACUUUGGACUUGAGAUCCUUUCUCUAAUUAAAAUGGCUUUAUCAAUUACGUGUAAUAUGGUACUACUUCUAAUGGUAAUGAUGAUACAAUGAUGAUAAAAUGUAUCAUGGUUAUAAUGGUGGUAAUAGUAAUAGCACUACUCACUGUACUCCUCUUUAUCUCCCAGGCAAAUUCAGAGGAGUUCAUCUCUGUGUUUGCUAAUAACCCGCGGGAGCUAAGGGCCUUCCUGGAGCACAUGAUCGAGGUGGAGCCUUUCUCCUCUCAGGGGGUGUAUGACACACUGCUAGAACUACGGCUGCAGGACUGGGCACAUGAACAAGACUCUGAGGUGAUAGGAACACACACACACAAGUAUUUGUACAAAAAACUGCCACGUGUUUACUCAAACAACCUAAACUCACAUACAAUACCGGUCAAAAGUUUUAGAACACCUAUUCAUUCCAGGCUUUUUCUUUAUUUUUACUAUUUUCUACAUUGAAUAAUAAUAGUGAAGACAUCAAAACUAUGAAAUAACACAUAUGGAAUCAUAAAAUAACCAAAAAAGUGUUAAUAUAAUUUAAAUUUGAGAUUAUUCAAAUAGCCGCCCUUUGCCUUGAUGACAGAUUUGCACACUCUUGGCAUUCUCUCAACCAGCUUCACUUGGAAUGCUUUUCCAACAGUCUUGAAUGAGUCCCCACAUGUUCUGAGCACUUGUUGGCUGCUUUUCCUUCACUCUGCGGUCCGGCUCAUCCCAAACCAUCUCAAUUUAGUUGAAGUAGGGGGAUUGUGGACGCCAGGUCAUCUGAUGCAGCACUCCAUCACUCUCCUUUUUGGUAAAAUAGCCCUUACACAGCCUGGAGGUGUGUUGGGUCAUUGUCCUGUUGAAAAACAAAUUAUAGUCCCACUAAACCCAAACCAGAUGUGUUGGCAUAUCGCUGCAGAAUGCUGGUCUAGAGUCCAAAUUUGAGAUUUUUGGUUCCAACCGCCGUGUCUUUAUGAGACGCGGUGUGGGUGAACGGAUGAUCUCCACAUGUGUGGUUCCCACCGGGAAGCAUGGAGGAGGUGUCAUGGUGUGGGGGUGCUUUGCUGGUGACACUGUCAGUGAUUUAUUUAGAAUUCAAGGCACACUUAACCAGCAUGUGACUUGAAUUCUAAAUAAAUCACUGACAGUGUCACCAGCAAAGCACCCCCACACCAUGACACCUCCUCCAUGCUUCCCGGUGGGAACCACACAUGUGGAGAUCAUCCGUUCACCCACACCGCGUCUCAUAAAGACACGGCGGUUGGAACCAACAAAUUUCCACCGGUCUAAUGUCCAUUGCUCGUGUUUCUUGGCCCAAGCAAGUCUCUUCUUCUUAUUGGUGUCCUUUAGUAGUGGUUUCUUUGCAGCAAUUCGACCAUGAAGGCCUGAUUCACACAGUCUCCUCUGAACAGUUGAUGUUGAGAUGUGUCUGUUACUUGAACUCUGUGAAGCAUUUAUUUGGGCUGCAAUUUCUGAGGCUGGUAACUCUAAUGAACUUAUCCUCUGCAGCAGAGGUAACUCUGGGUCUUUCAUUCCUGUGGCGGUCCUCAGGAGUGCCAGUUUCAUCAUAGCGCUUGAUGGUUUUUGCGACUGCACUUGAAGAAACUUUCAAAGUUCUUGACAUGUUCCAGAUUGACUGACCUUCAUGUCUUAAGGUAAUGAUGGACUGUCGUUUCUCUUUGCUUAUUUGAGCUGUUCUUGCCAUAAUAUGGACUUGGUCUUUUACCAAAUAGGGCUAUCUUCUGUAUACCCCCCCUACCUUGUCACAACACAACUGAUUGGCUCAAAGGCAUUAAGAAGGAAAUAAAUUCCACAAAUUAACUUUUAAGAAGGCACACCUGUUAAUUGAAAUGCAUUCCAGGUGACUACCUCAUGAAGCUGGUUGAGAGAAUGCCAAGAGUGUGCAAAGAUGUCAUCAAGGCAAAGGGUGGCUAUUUGAAGAAUCUCAAAUAUAACAUAUAUUUUGAUUUGUUUAACACUUUUUUGUUGACUAUAUGAUUCCAUAUGUGUUAUUUCAUAGUUUUGAUGUCUUCACUAUUAUUCUACAAUGAAGAAAAUAGUAAAAAGAAACAAAAACCCUUGAAUGAGUAGGUGUUCUAAAACUUUUGACCGGUAGUGUAGAUAUACAAAUGUUACAUAUUAGAUGACAUACUUGCAGCCUAAAUAAUUUUUUAUUACAUUUUCAGAAUACCUUUUUGUCUGGAGUAUCAAAUGUUUGGUUUUGUCUGGUCUGUCUGACUGUGCGCUUUCUAUUUUGUCUGGCAGAGGAAGAAGGUCCUGCAGGGGGCAGCACUGUCCUUGCUGCGGAGCGACAACACCGUAUUUGACAAGGCCCUCGUCCUGUGCCAGAUGCACAACUUCAAAGAAGGGGUCCUGUACCUCUAUGAGAAGGGCAAGCUGUGAGUAUUCCUGUCUCUAAACUUCUCCAGUCAGAAACACAUGAGCCCAAUUCCAAUAUUUCUACUUCUCCCUGAGUGUGUACUCGUUCACUCCCCCUAGUGGAUUUAAAACCGUGGGGUUGAUGUAGCCUGAGUGUCUUCCAUUUAACAUCCAGAUCCAAUGCUUUUAAAGUCCAUGAGGGAGAGUGAACAAGUACCCAAUUGUCAUACUUGAGUAAAGUAAAGAUACCUUUAAUAGAAAAUGACUCAAGUAAAAGUGAAAGUCACCCAGUAAAAUACUACUUGAGUAAAAGUCUAAAAGUAUUUGGUUUGAAAUGUUAAGUAUCAAAAGUAAAUGUAAUUGCUAAAAUAUACUUACGUUUUCAAAAGUAAAAUUAUAAAUCAUUUCAAAAUCCUUAUAUUAAGCAAACCAGACGCCAUCAUUUCCUGUCCUGCUAAGUAUUCAAAAUGUAAUGAGUACUUUUGGGUGUCAGGGAAAAUGUAUGGAGUAAAAAGUACAUUCUUUUCUAUAGGAAUGUAGUGAAGGAAAAGUUGUCAAAAAUAGUAAAGUACAGAUAGCCAAAACAAUUACUUAAGUAGUACUUUAAAGUAUUUUUACUUAAGUACUUUACACCACUGGACUUUGGAGACUUCAUUGGUAUGUACUGAUUUAGUCAAUUAUGUAAUUUGAAUGAUAUUGUUGAUGAUGUCCCUCUCUCUAGGUACCAGCAGAUUAUGCACUACCACAUGCAGAAUGAGGAGUACGGCAAAGUGGUGGAGGCCUGCAAGCGCUACGGCGACCAGGAAGUGUGCUUGUGGGAGCAGGCGCUGGGAUACUUUGCCCGCAAAGAGGAGGACUGCAAGGCCUACAUCAGCCAAGUCCUGCAGCACAUCGACCAGAACAACCUGAUGCCUCCCCUAUUGGGUGAGCGUGAGCCAGUGGCUAUAUUUGCGGUUUUUCUCUGUAUUUCUCCAUCCCUGUAGAUGAAGACUCUGGGGCUUUCUGUAGGGAUUUGCCUACUUGUCACUGCCUGAAUUAUAUCAGACUUCACUAGGGCUGUUGCGGUGACUGUAUUACCGCCACACCGGCGGUCACAAGUCAUGAAGGCAGUCAAAUUCCACAUGACCGUUUAGUCACGGUAAUUAGGCUUCUCCAAGCUCCGAUGCUGCUCAUGGUCAUUAGUAGCCUACCAAACUUGCUAACUGCCUGGUACUCAGCACUCUAUUGUCCCUCUAAUCACUCUGACAUCAAUGCAAAUGUAUUCGAAAAUCGAAUCAAAAACUUCAUGAGAGCCCAUGAGCUCAUGUUGCACAACAUUUCUAUAGGCUAUGCAAUUGCGUGAGAAUACAGAGUGAUGGCCUCCACUUUCUAUAGGCUAGGCCUACUAUAUUUAUUUCUCAACUUUCCUAAUAUUAAGCUUCUCUCCUGAGUGGGGCAGUGUCCUCCUGAGUGGCGCAGUGGUCUAAGGCACUGCAUCGCAGUGCUAGCUGUGCCACUAGAGCUCCUGGUUCGAAUCCAGGCUCUGUCGUAGCCGGCCGCGACCGGGAGACCCAUGGGGCGGCGCACAAUUGGCCCAGCGUUGUCCAGGGUAGGGGAGGGAAUGGCCGGCAGGGAUGUAGCUCAGUUGGUAGAGCAUGGCAUUUGCAACGCCAGGGUUGUGGGUUCGAUUCCAGUAUAAAAAAUUUAUGCACUCACUAACUGUAAGUCGCUCUGGAUAAGAGCGUCUGCUAAAUGACUUAAAUGUAAAUGAGUAUAGCCUACCUGGCUGGCAUGAAAAUGAAUCACAGGAAAAGUGUCCUCCAUCCGCUAUUUAAGUGCAUAGAUGACAUGUAUUUGUUCCAGCUGCCCCUGUUUCGAUACAGGUUCAUGAUAAUGGUCCGUUCUAAAGGAAAACAAAUUUCACACAUAUAUGAUUUAGUAUAUUUAAAGACAAGAUUAAAUCAAGAAUAGUCUGAUGGGUGACAAUAUUAGCCUAUCACUUGUGAAUUAUAUAUCAUCUCUUGUGAAUGAUGGGCAGCAUAAGAAAGCUUUUAUUUUGGCGACUUUUUCUAAUCAUAGUUGCACACCUCACGUAGCCAAGCCCAUAGGCCUAUAUGUUUUGAUAAGGUUUGUAUCACAACUAAAGUGGCCCAACAUUUUCUUAAAAUUAAGCACAUUCAUCCACUUUACACAGGGUUUAGAGCCUAACUGCCAUACAUAAGCAGCGCAUAAGUUUCAAGUUUGGGGAAGAUAAUUUUCACCAUAAAAAUGCACCUUUAUAAUAAAAGCAUUAAAUGCAUAAUCGCAUUUGCGAUCACUUUUGAUAAUGGUGUUUUCCCGCUAAUGGAACAUUCCCGCUUAUAGCUUAAUGCGAUGUGCGCAUUGCUGUGCUUAUAAUGUGAAGAAAUAGCCUAAUAGUUUAUCAACAUUUUAAGCUAAAUGUUCUGAUCUGUUGCGUCAGCCACAUUGCAUAUAUAUAUAUUUUUAAUGCUAGUGGUUGUAUUAAUUUGCAUCCCACAACUGUCCCAGACUAUGUUUGGAAUAUUUAUUUCUGGCACAGAAUAGAAUAGGUCGACUUUUGUAAUAUGGGGGAUAGUAGAUUGACAUAGGCGAGUGCUUUUGCUGUUCGUUAGGCCUACUCAUCUUGUUGGCUGACGAAAAGUAAAUGUGGACAGUUCUUCCAAUAUCUUCAAUAUGCACCUCGGAAUUGGAUAAGGACACGCGAAGUUGAAUCCCCGAUGUCUGCUGUCUUCACUUGUAGCCUGUGAGAAAGACCUGAUCACGUGAUGGAGAGUGCGCAGCACUCAGUCAGUGCUUCAGAGCGCGCACUCAGGGAGAAGGGCACAACAAGGCAUGGAGUACCGAUUUCUUUGUUAACCGCUCAACACAGAAUAGCCGCAUGUGCGCACUCCCUCAAAUUGUUUGGAGAAAAUAUUUAUAUUUUAUUCUGCUGUGUUCAAUUGUAUUCUUCAUACUAUAAAAUAAUGCCACGGAAUUCUAAGCAAAUCUUGUCUGCUAAAUGAACUAGUGUAGCCCAUAGCCAUAUGGCAUAGCCACACCAGGACCUAACAUAAGGACAACUCAGAGUAUGCUAUUCUGUUCUUCUGAAAUAGACUACAUUUUCUUCAUCUCAUGCUUCUUUAGACCUGUCUAAAAUAAAUAAUGGAUUUAUUGUGAAGGUGUAGGCUAUAUUACAUGGAUUUAUUAGACUUUUUUAAAUGUAGAUGUCAGCAUCAGUGUCUUGUAGGCUAUGUGUGGAAGCCAGGAGAUGCUAAUUGUGUUUAUGUUAAGUAACGGUCAAUUACCGUGAGACCAACUGUUAUUUGCUUGACAAUCACCGGCUGACAAAAUGUCGUGACCGCCAAAGCCCUAGACCUCACCAACUUAAAAUAAACUCAAACGUUCUUUGCAGUCUUUUGCCUCCACUUCCUUCCUGUCAUUGAAUGUCUCACUGGCAAGUGUUCAGUUCUAUUUUGACGUCACACGCGCACAUCCAUGAUAAACUUGCCAGUUGUUGGGUUAAGUGAAACUACAGUGCCUUCAGAAAGCAUUCACACCCCUUGACUUUUUCCACAUUUUGUUGUUAAAGCCUGAAUUGAAAAUUGAUUAAAUGUAGAUUUUUUUUUGUCACUGGCCUACAUACAAUACCCGAUUUAAUGUCAAAGUGGAAUACUUUUUUAAAACUAAUUAAUAAAAAUUGAAAGCUGAAGUGUCUUGAGUCGAUAAGUAUUCAACCCCUUUGUUAUGGCAAGCCUAAAUAAAAGUCACAAGUUGCAUGUACUAACUCUGUGUGCAAUAAUAGUGUUUAUUAUGAUUUUUGAAUGACUACCUUAUCUCUGUACCCCAUACAUACAAUUAUCUGUAAGGUCCCUCAGUCGAGCAGUGAAUUUCAAACACAGAUUUAACCAGGGAGGUUUUCCAAUGCCUUACAAAGAAGGGCACCUAUUGGUAGAUGGGUAAAAAAAAGAAAAAAGGAGACUUCGAAUAUCCCUUUUAACUUAUUCGUUUAACUUUGGAUGGUGUAUCAAUACAGGCGGCCUUCCUAACUCAGUUGCCGGAGAGGAAGGAAACCGCUCAGGGAUUUUACCAUGAGGCCAUUGGUGACUUUAAAACAGUUAGAGUUUAAUGGCCAUGAUAGAAAACUGAAGAUGGAUCAACAACAUUGAAGUUACUCCACAAAACUAACCUAAUUGACAGUGAGAAGAAGGAAGCCUGUACAGAAUAAAAAUAUUCCAAAAUAUGCAUCCUGUUUGCAACAAGGCACUAAAGUAAUACUGCUAAAAAUGUGGCAAAGCAAUUAACAAAAAUCUAUUUAAUCCAUUUUGAGUUCAGGCUGUAACACAACCAAAUGUGGAAUAAGUCUUUGGGGUAUGAAUUCUUUCUGAAGGCACUGUAUAUGCUCAUAAGAAAAGUACUUGGAGCAUUAUAGCAGAGCAUGGGAUAAUUUUAUUGGGCACUGUUGCUAAGUUGUGUGUGUGUGUGUAUGCAUGUCUAUGCACGUGUUGGUCCACAGUGGUGCAGACGCUGGCACACAACUCCACGGCCACGCUGUCGGUCAUCAAGGACUACCUGAUCAACAAGCUGCAGAGGGAGAGCCAGCAGAUCGAGGACGACGAGCGCAAGAUCCGCCAGUACCGUGAGGAAACGGCCCACCUCCGCGCCGAGAUCCAGGAACUCAGAAGCAGGUGAGGGACAGGACAAUCUGAGCCAAAGUCCAGUCCUAAAACAACCCCUAUCCCCUAGAGCUGGGUCCUGUUCACAAGUGUGAGUUUCCUCCAUGUUCCAUCCAUCUAUCCAGUUAUUUUGGCAUCUAUAAGGGGUGAGAAGUGUCUAAGAAACACAAACACAAUCUGUUUGUUUGAUGGCUGCCCUUAGAUUUAAAUUGGACUGAAUUCAUAAUUACAUUUACAUUUACAUUUUAGUCAUUUAGCAGACGCUCUUAUCCAGAGCGACUUACAGUUAGUGAAUACAUAUAUAUAUUUUUUUUAUACUGGCCCCCCGUGGGAAUCGAACCCACAACCCUGGCGUUGCAAACGCCAUGCUCUAUCAACUGAGCUACAUCCCUGCCGGCCAUUCCCUCCCCUACCCUGGACGACGCUGGGCCAAUUGUGCGCCGCCCAUGAGUCUCCUGGUCGCGGCCGGCUGCGACAGAGCCUGGAUUCGAACCAGGAUCUCUAGUGGCACAGUUAGCACUGCGAUGCAGUGCCUUAGACCACUGCGCCACUCGGGAGACAUAUAAUACUUUUUUUGUACUGUACAGGGCUCCACAUUAACGCUUGUCCGCUUGCCCGGGGCAAGAAACAUUUUUUUUGGGGCAAGCAGAUAGAUAGUAAAAAAAAACAACACUCAAAAAUCACAAUGACAAACAAUUAGGUUACUACGAUCACAUUUGGGUCAAAGUGUCCUCCAGAUGCGAUGUGUUGCGCACUGUCCUCCCAAUCUCUGCAGAGUGCAUCGGAGUAUAAUUAUUGUAGACCUGCAUUGACCGGCACGAGCAGUCUUUUUUUGUUGUUGACCAAAGUGAGUUGAUAUUCAUUGCUAGUUAGUGAGUUAUUUGCCCAGUUGUUGCCCAUUUUUGGUCAACACAGAAAAUCCUGGAAAAGACAUGGUGUAUGCAUCACCUGAGUGUGUGCCAGUGCGAGUGGGCCGUUGCCAGAGGAGAAAGAGAUAUUGCAGCAGCAGGUAAAAUAUUGGUAUACAACAGACUAACUAGAUAACCAGCCAAACUACAAAAUAUGCUUUACAUUUUCGCUAUUUAGCUAUUUGCAUAUAUUAAUGUAAUUGUCAUGUCCGGUGUCCUAAAAAUCUUUCCACCGGCACUAGUGUAUAACUACAAAUGGCCGACACGCAGUUGAUACGGGUGCACAGUUGAUGAAACCAAUGCUGCAUACUCCGGUUGUAAAACCAUCUCUCAAGCUCUCACAAUUGGAUGUUGAAAAAUAGUUCUGACACUGUUGGAAAGCAGGCAUUCUCCUCUAUUCAAUAUGGGCCAUUUACUUCGGACAAAAAUAUAGAAUAGCCUAAUUGGCCUCCCGAGUGGCGCAGCGGUCUAAGGCACUGCAUCGCAGUGCUUGAGGUGUCACUACAGCCCUGGGUUCGAUCCCAGGCUGUGUCACAGCCGGCUGUGACCGGGAGACCCAUGAGGCGGCGCACAAUUGGCCCAGCGUCGUUAGGGGAGGGUUUAGCCGGCCAGGAUUUCUUUGUCCCAUCACGCUCUACCGACUCCUUGUGGCGGGCGGGGCGCCUGCAAGCUGACUUCGGUCGCCAGUUGGACGGUGUUUCCUCUGGUGCGUCUGGCUUCUGGGUAAACGAGCAGUGUGUUAAGAAGCAGUGCGGCUUGGCAGGGUUGUGUUUCGGAGGACGCAUGGCUCUCGACCUUCGCCUCUGCCGAGUCCGUAGGGGAGUUGCAGCGAUGGACAAGACAAUUGGAUAUCACGAAAUUGGGGAGAAAAAGGGGUAAAAAAGUGCAUAAAAAAUCAAAUUAAAGCCUCAUUGACAAGAAACUCCUAUGCUGUCAAGGUCUCCAUUGAAAACGUUAUAUUCUAGCCUUAUAAAUAUACUGAACAAAAAUAUAAAUAUAAAUGCAACAUGCAACAAUUUCAACGAUUUUACUGAGUUACAGUACAUAUAAAAAAUGUAUGCACUCACUAACUGUAAGUCGCUCUGGAUAAGAGCGUCUGCUAAAUGACUAAAAUGUAAAUGUAAAUAUAAGAAAAUCAGUCGAUUUGAAAUACAUUAAUUAGGCCCUAAUCUGUGGAUUUCACAUGACUGGGCAGGGGCGCAGCCAUUGAUGGACAUGGGAGGGCAUAUGCCCAUCCACUGGGGAGCCAGACACAGCCAAUCAGAAUGAGUUUUUCCCCACAAAAGGGCUUUAUUACAGACAGAAAUGCUUCUCAGUUUCAUCAGCUGUCCGGGUGGCUGGUCUCAGAUGAUCCCGCAGGUGAAGAAGCUAGAUGUGGAGGUUCUGGGCUGGCGUUGUUACACGUGGUCUGCGGUUGUGAGGCCGGUUGGACAUACUGCCAAAUUCUCUAAAACGACGGAGGCGGCUUAUGGUAGAGAAAUGAACAUUCAAUUCUCUGGCAACAGCUCUGGUGGACAUUCCUGCAGUCAGCAUGCCAAUUGUGCACUCCCUCAACAUGAGACGUCUGUGGCAUUGUGUUGUGUGACAAUACUGCACAUUUUAGUGGCCUUUUAUUGUCCCCAGCACAAGGUGCACCUUUUUAUUGAUCAUGCUGUUUAAUCAGCUUCUUGAUAUGCCACAUCUGUCAGGUGGAUGGAUUAUCUUGGCAAAGGAGAAAUGCUCACUAAUAGGGAUGUAAACAAAUUUGUGCACAAUUUGAGAGAAAUAAGCUUUUUGUGCGUGUGGAACAUUUCUGAGAUCUUUUAUUUCAGCUCAUGGAACAUGGGACCAACACUUUACAUGUUGCGUUCAUAUUUUUGUUCAGUAUAGAUAAAAAUGUCUUAGUUAGCUACCUUGCUUUGAAGUUGCCCACCUUAGCCAUUUGAUCCCUGGUUCAUUAAAUGAGGGAAUUGUUUUAUAAAGACAAACAGUAUUUGGUUGUAAUUGUAAUGUUGCAGGGUGGCCAACAAUCCUCCAGGGAAGUCCAGGAGAGCUACUGGGUGUGCAGGCUUUUGCUUCAGCCCUGCAGGGUUGGAUCAAAAUCCUGCACACCCAGUAGUGCUCCAGAUGGGGGGUUAUAUACAGUAGCCUAUCAGUGCAGUAUUUUACUUUAUGUGGGGUUAAGUGCCUUGCUCAAGGCCACACCGGCAGGCGAUAUAAUACAUGGGAUCAGAGACCAGUAGCCUUCUAUUGUCAAUACCAGUGAUAAUUAUGAUUUUUAUUUUGUGAAGUGGUUCCUUGCAUCAUACAACACAAUUUUGUCACCUUUUUGGCCGAUGGUCUUACAGACCUUUUCUUGGGGGGACAAGUGACUUGAGCUUUCGGACAAGUAAAAAAUCUGUCCUACUUGUCCAAAGGACAAGAGGCAAAAAAAUGUAAUGUCAAGCCCUGUAUUUUGAGUGCUCGAUUUGACCGCACGAAGACCAUUAAUUGAAACUGUACUGAUUUUGAUGUUUUUUCUUGUUUCUCUCUGUCCUUCUUUUCUCACUCACUCACAGCGCAAAGAUUUUCCAGAAGACCAAGUGCAGCAUGUGCAACAGCCCCCUCGAGCUGCCCUCUGUUCACUUCCUGUGCAGUCACUCCUUCCACCAGCACUGCUUUGAGAGCUACGCCGAGAGUGAGGCCGAGUGUCCCACCUGCACACCGGAAAACCGCAAGGUCAUGGACAUGCUGCGUGCCCAGGACCAGAAACGAGAUCUGCACGACCACUUCACCAGACAGGUGAAACACACACAGACAGCCCUAGUCACUCCACGUUCUUCUUUUGUUUGUUGUGUGUUUUAUCUUUUGUGGUAACUGCUGAGGGGGCUGACUAAAGUGUAAAUACCCUCUUUGCUUGCCUUUCUCUCCCUCGCUCUCUCUUUUGUGUUCAAGUAUGUUUUAUUGGCACAUGACUUGAAACUACAACAACAUUUUGUAUACUAUAGUAGUCAAAAGUCAUUCAAUAAGACGUAGUAAUAGUGCAACACUUAAUCUAUCAUGUCCAAAGAUCAAUAUAAACUUCACUAGUAUAAGAGAAAAGAUCUCCAUCUUUUUUUCAGAACUGAUGUGUAGGCUAUCACUUCUCUAUCCUGGCUCACUUAUUUCUAUGCAUUUCAGCUGCGCUGCUCCAAUGACGGUUUUUCCGUGGUGGCAGACUACUUUGGCCGUGGGGUGUUCAACAAGCUGACCCUGGUCACUGACCCCCCGGGCAGCAAGGUGGGGGCGGGAAGCCUGGAGGCAGACCUGCAGAGGGACCUACUCAUCCACACCAAGAGGAACACUUGAGGGCCAUAGGGCACAAUGGACACAACGGCUUGCAACCCUACACUAUUACCCUUUUCACACUAUCAUGCUGACCCAAACUGGGCUGGCUCGGAUAGUUUCUUUUCAGAUUGUCCUUUUUAGCACGUUUGGUUUGUUUGGCUCGGCUUGGUUCAACUCAGUUGUGUGAAAAGCCCUUAGGUUCUGUGUUGUGCUGUCUGCUGCUCAAGCUAAAAAGUAACUACUAUACCCAGUUGCAGAGCAGCAGACCCUCUUCUGUUCAAUGGGGACCCUGACCCAUAGUGCUUUGUUCUAUAGUUCAGGAUGCCACACAAUAUUUAGUCAAGAUGAAUCAGUCAGGCUCCUGUCGCAACACCAGUAAGAGAUGUGUUGCUAGGUUCUGUUUCUAUGUGUGAUCAUGUUCUGAUGCAUGUUACUUAACACGUCUGUGCAUCUGGGUUGUGUUUAUUAGGUGAAAUAACGGAAAAUGUUUUUGCAACGGGCAAUGAAUGUGAUAAUUUCUUAUUGUACAGGUAGUCCCUGUUUUCUUCCAUUUGGCACCUAAUAAACACAACCCUGGUCUAAGCACAGAGGUUCAGAAGAAUGUAAGGUAGUUGGAUGGAUUAUUGUUUUAUGCACUUGAUUUAUGUGUAUUGUAUGUCUUUGAGCACUCUGUUGUAAUUAGCAAACUUAACGAAGUUAGAAUUUGUAUUUUAUAAAAGAAGACUUACUCUUGACAUAAAGAAAUGUGGCUUAUUGAUGCAUACUGGGAGUGCACAGACAGUUGCAUUUUAUUCCUUGUUGUGCCUUCUCCAAAUGCGGUGUGCAUGUAUUUUUCUCUAUGGGAUGUGUCAUGUUUGGGUUUUAUACCAUGGCAUUGUUGAAUACUCGUUUCUGAUUGGCUUGAAGGGCAUU